AUGCCCGAGACCCCAACGGCCGCGCCGACCUUGCAGCCCCCACCUGAGGGAAUCUUUCGCACCUUUGAAGACUUGCUUAGCUCGGUCCAGCGGUGGGCUAAGGACCAUGGUUACGGCAUCGUGAAGCUGCGCGCCUCCAACUACAGGGAUGGCAAGCCUACCCGCUACGACCUCGUGUGCGACCGGGGCGGUGUCAAGUACAAUAGCACGGCCAAGAAGCGAACUCCUUCCACGCGCAAGGAGAACACGCCCAUCGCGCAGUCUAUCCGCUCCUUCACGAACAAACUUGAUCGCUUGACCCACGACGUGUCCCAAGGCUUCAUGCACAUUGGACAGCGCCUAGACAACAUCGAGAAGCAGCUCAUGGACCUUCGCGGCCACAUGGGUGCGUACGAGCCUCGCUUCCAGGGCCUAGAAUCCAGAAUGCAAGCAGUUGAAGCUCGGGGCGACAUACAGCUAGGCCCGAUGGACGAUGUCGACGUGGAUACCCGGAUCCUGGCUAGCAUGUAG